ACACCCUCUGCCAGUCAUCGACACAUUAUAUGACUGUCAGCACAUCCUGAGUACAUUCUCAUGGCCCAGUCUAUGCCUUGAAAAAUUGCCAGCAACUCAAGAACCCUUCACCAAACAUCUCCCCCUCUCCCAUCCUCCAUCAUGACUCAGUCAACCUUCCAGUCAGAAGCACAAUGGCUCCAACAAGUCUCUGCCAUGAGACAGGCAAUUGCCAACCUGAAAUUGCCACCUCUCACAGAUGACUCUCAAAUAUAUGGCUCCGACUUGGAUCUCGACGCUGAUUCCAGUGAGGGCCUCGACGACGACAUCUGGGACCUUGACGGCGAUUUCGAUCAGAGUCCCGCCACAGACGAUUUCGACCAUGACUUCGACGGCAUCCAACCUCCUGGCAAUGCCUUUGACCGGUCAUGGUUGAGUAAAAGAUGUGCUGCCUUUGCCAAAACCAGACCAGGCAUCCAUGCUUCCGACCUGCAAGACCAGAUCUCUGCAUUGCUCGCCUCCGACUCCACCGACGACGAACUGCAAAUGUCCUUGGCCGACAUCCUUGGUUAUGACGACCUAGAUUUUGUUAUAGAACUAAUCUCUCACCGCAAAGAAAUCAUCGCCGCCAGUCUACCGUCGACACACCAGACUGAUGGCUUGUUCCAAGGCCUUCAGUCUCGUCAAGACCGUGAAGCCUCCCUCAGAAAGCAGGACUAUGACCACAAGCAUGCUACCUUGGCCCCAGCCUUUGAUAGAAGUGGUCCCAAGUACCCUCAUGUCUAUAAAUCCGAAUAUGCUGCAGCCGGAAACAUGCUCGACGUUUCUGGUCGGAGGUUUGCCCUGCCUAUGGGAACUAGUCGAACUGAGCACGCCAAAUAUGAAGAAUAUUCCAUCCCAGCCGCAAAGACGGGUACUUUGGCUAUCGGCCAGAAACUCGUCAACAUAUCCGAAAUGGAUGGUCUAUGUCAACAAACAUUCAAAGGUUACAAGAGCCUCAAUCGCAUGCAAAGUCUCCUUUAUCCCGUCGCUUAUCACACCAGUGAAAAUAUGCUCGUUUGUGCUCCAACAGGUGCCGGCAAGACGGAUGCCGCCAUGUUGACCAUCCUACAAGCCAUCUCCAAGAACGUUAUCCCGAACCCCAUCGAUGAGCCCGACGCCAAGGACUUUAUCGUCAUGGCCGAUGACUUCAAGAUUAUCUAUGUUGCUCCCAUGAAGGCACUGGCCGCUGAAGUCACCGCAAAAUUAGGAUCUCGUCUGGCAUGGCUUGGGAUUCAAGUCCGUGAAUUGACUGGAGAUAUGCAAUUGACCAAGAAAGAAAUCGCCGCCACUCAAGUCAUCGUCACCACCCCGGAGAAAUGGGAUGUCGUCACCCGCAAAAGUACCGGCGACACCGAAUUGGUUCAGAAAGUCCGACUACUCAUCAUUGAUGAAGUUCAUAUGUUGCACGAUGAACGAGGUGCUGUUAUUGAGUCUCUGGUCGCCCGUACCGAAAGACAAGUCGAAAGUACUCAGUCUCUGAUCAGAAUUGUCGGUCUAUCAGCCACCUUGCCCAAUUACAUUGACGUCGCAGAUUUCCUCAAGGUCAAUCGUAUGGCCGGUCUCUUCUACUUUGACGCUUCGUUCCGCCCUGUACCCCUGGAACAGCAUUUCGUUGGCGUCAAAGGCAAACCUGGCAGCAAGACACAACGCGACAAUCUUGACCAUACCACCUUCGAAAAGGUCAAAGAAUUACUCAAGCAGGACAAGCAGGUCAUGGUGUUUGUCCAUUCUAGAAAGGACACCGUCCUUGCUGCGAGAACUCUAUACUCUCUGGCAGUCGAAGAUGGCUGUGCUGAUCUCUUUGUACCAAAUCCAGAUGAUCCUGCAUUUUCAAGAGCUAUGACUGAUCUCAAAACAACUCGUGGUCGAGAACUCCGAGACAUCAUCCCCAAAGGUUUUGGUUGUCACAAUGCUGGGAUGGCUCGAACUGAUCGAAAUUUCGUUGAACGAGUCUUUGCCGACGGUGCCAUCAAAGUCCUGUGCUGUACUGCCACGUUGGCGUGGGGUGUCAAUUUGCCUGCCGCCGCCGUCAUCAUCAAGGGUACUCAACUGUAUAGCUCUGAGGCUGGAAAGUUCAUCGAUCUGGGUAUCCUCGAUGUGUUGCAAAUCUUUGGUCGUGCUGGUCGUCCACAAUUCCAGGACAGUGGUAUUGGUUAUAUCUUGACUGUUCAUGAAAAAUUACAACAUUAUCUUUCUGCCGUCACUCAACAACAGCCUAUCGAGUCAAAGUUCUCUCAGCGCCUUGUGGACAAUUUGAACGCCGAAAUCAGUCUCGGGACCGUCACCUCGGUGCCUGAGGCGAUCACCUGGCUCGGUUACUCGUAUCUGUUUGUUCGUAUGCGUCGAAACCCACAGGCAUAUGGCAUUGAUUGGAAUGAAUAUCAAGACGAUCCACAACUUGGCCAGAGACGACGAAAGUUGAUUAUUGAUGCCGCUAGAACAUUACACCGAAGUCAGAUGAUCAUCUUCAACGAGAAGACGGACGAGCUUCGCUCUAAAGACGUGGGCCGUAUUGCUAGUCAAUUCUACGUCCUCCAAACCAGUAUUGAGAUCUUUAAUACUAUGAUGCGACCUCAUGCAAGUGAAGCAGAUAUUCUGAAGAUGAUCAGUAUGAGUGGUGAAUUUGACAAUAUCCAAUCCAGAGAGAACGAGGCCGGAGAGUUGAGCAGACUUCGAAAGGAGUCCGUGGUGACCGAGAUUGAAGACCGCAAAGGCCCACAGCAAAAGUCUGAAGACGAAAAGGAGCAGAAGAUCAUUGAGAACCAUGCAAAGACAAACAUUCUUCUACAAUCUUACAUCUCUCGGGCCAAACUCGAGGAUUUCGCUUUGGUGUCGGAUCUGAAUUACGUUGCCCAGAACGCGGCUCGAAUCUGUCGAGCUCUCUUCAUGAUCGCCCUUAAUAAGGGUUGGGGCUAUCAAUGUCAAGUAUUGCUGUCCAUGUGCAAAGCGAUCGAGAAACAGAUUUGGCCAUUUCAGCACCCCUUUCAUCAGUUUGAUCUACCCCUUUCGGUCCUGAAGAAUCUGGAUGACAAAUCUCCGUCUUCAAACAUCGAGAGCCUGCGAGAAAUGGAGCCAGCAGAGAUAGGCAAUCUCGUCCACAACCAAAAGGUCGGCAAGACGAUAUCCAAGCUGCUUGACAACUUUCCUACCAUGUCUGUCGAGGCCGAAAUCGCACCUCUAAAUCGAGAUGUCCUUCGCAUGAGACUUUAUCUCUACCCGGAGUUCGCGUGGAAUGACCGUCAUCAUGGGACAUCAGAGGCUUAUUGGGUCUGGGUGGAAAAUUCCGACUCGUCUGAUAUAUAUCAUCAUGAAUACUUUAUCCUCAGUCGGAAGAAGAUGCAUGACAGCCAUGAACUCAACUUCACCAUUCCUCUCGCUGAUCCACUCCCAUCACAAAUUUAUGUGCGAGUGAUAUCGGACCGUUGGAUGGGCGCAGAGACGGUGCAGCCUGUUUCAUUCCAGCAUCUCAUCCGUCCAGACACUGAGAGUGUGUACACUGAUCUUCUCGAUCUUCAACCACUUCCGAUCAAUGCUCUCAAGAACCCAGCUCUAGAGGAGUUGUAUGGUCAAAGGUUCAAGUUCUUCAAUCCCAUGCAGACUCAAAUCUUUCAUACCCUAUACCACACUUCCAACAACGUGUUACUCGGUUCUCCCACAGGAUCUGGCAAGACGGUUGCUGCUGAACUUGCUAUGUGGUGGGCAUUUCGGGAGCGGCCUGGUAGCAAGGUUGUCUAUAUUGCUCCUAUGAAAGCUCUCGUUCGCGAAAGAGUUCAGGACUGGCGAAAACGUCUGACCGGCCCAUUAGGUCUCAAGCUUGUUGAGUUGACUGGUGACAAUACUCCCGACACUCGCACCAUUCGUGACGCAGACAUCAUCAUUACUACCCCAGAAAAAUGGGACGGUAUUUCCCGAUCAUGGCAGACCAGAGGUUACGUUCGACAAGUGUCGUUGGUCAUCAUUGAUGAAAUCCAUCUUCUUGGUGGGGAUCGUGGUCCUAUUCUGGAGAUCAUUGUUUCCCGAAUGAACUACAUUGCAUCUCAAGCCGAAUCUGGCUCCAUCAGAUUGGUCGGCAUGUCGACCGCUUGCGCGAACGCAACUGAUUUGGGAAACUGGUUAGGGGUGAAACCUGGAAACAAUCAGGGUCUAUUCAACUUCCGUCACAGCGUCCGGCCUGUCCCUCUGGAAAUCUACAUCGACGGCUUUCCAGAGCAAAGAGGCUUCUGUCCCUUGAUGCAGAGCAUGAACCGGCCUACAUACCUGGCAAUCAAGAACCAUAGCCCGGACAAGCCGGUCAUCGUAUUUGUGGCAUCGCGAAGACAGACUCGACUUACGGCCAAAGAUUUGAUCAAUUUCUGUGGCAUGGAAGAAGACCCUCGAAGAUUUCUCCAUUUUGAUUCCGAAGACGAUCUUAGCCAUACACUUGCAGCGGUGAAGGAUGCUGCACUCAAGGAAGCUCUGAGCUUUGGUAUCGGUCUGCAUCAUGCCGGUCUCGUCGAGUCGGAUCGUACCAUGGCCGAACAGCUUUUUGCUGCAAACAAGAUCCAAAUAUUGGUUGCUACGUCCACACUUGCCUGGGGAGUCAAUCUGCCCGCCCAUCUGGUUGUUGUUAAAGGCACACAGUAUUUUGAUGCCAAAAUCGAGGGAUACAAGGACAUGGAUUUGACGGAUGUUCUACAAAUGCUCGGUCGCGCAGGUCGGCCACAAUUCGACACAUCAGGAAUUGCACGGAUUUUCACCCAAGACUCGAAGAAGGCAUUUUACAAGCAUUUCCUCCAUACUGGAUUCCCUGUGGAAAGCUCUCUUCACAAAGUGCUCGACAACCAUUUGGGAGCCGAGGUUUCUGCAGGAGUCAUCACCACUAAGCAAGACGCCCUCGAUUAUCUGACAUGGACAUUCUUCUUCCGCCGUCUUCACAAGAACCCGACCUACUAUGGACUGGAGAUCUCGGCUGAAGAGCAUAAGGAGAGUCAGCUUGCCGCACGUCAACUCGCAGCAGACUACAUGAUCACUCUCGUGGACAAGUCAGUGGCCGAUCUUGCCGACAGUGAUUGUGUUCUGGUGCACAGCAACGGGGAUAUUGACAGUACGCCGUUCGGAAAGAUCAUGUCUUACUACUACCUUUCACACUUGACAAUUCGGAAAUUUCUCUCCAAGGCCCGUAAGACGCCACCUGGACAGACAACCUUUGCCGAUGUUCUUGCGUGGGUGAGUUCAGCAACCGAGUUUGAUGACCUUCCUGUUCGGCACAACGAAGACCUGAUCAAUGCCGAGCUGGCCAAGAAUCUGCCAUUAGACACGGUGGGCCUUCUAGAUGGCCUGCCUCUGUGGGACCCGCAUGUUAAGGCAUUCCUACUACUGCAGGCGUUCAUGUCGCGCAUCGAUCUGCCGAUCACCGACUACGUUGGAGACCAAACCAGUGUACUUGACCAAGGGAUUCGAAUCAUCCAGGCUGGAAUUGAUCUCAUGACAGAGUUGAACAAGCUUGAUGCUGUUCUACAAAUGGUGCGGCUGCUGCAAUGCAUCAAAUCCGCGCGUUGGCCAGAGGACUACCCUCUCAGUAUCCUCCCUGGAGUCAGUGAGAUUGCAGAUCCCAAGCUCGAGGGUAAAGUGCCUAGUGAUCUCGUCACCACGGCUGUCCUUGCAUCCCGCCACGGACCCAAGACCCUUGAUGGUUUACUGAACCUCUUACACAUCCGCGCCACAGGUACCCGGUCACAAUUUAUCAAGGCGGCAAACACGCUUCCAGACCUGACCAUCUCCGCUGCGCCAGACAGCACGACCGAUAAUUUACGUGUAAGCAUCAAACGCGGCAAUAAGUUCAUUGAUUCAGAAGCCCGAAUCCACGCUCCAAAAUUUCCCAAGCCACAAACCGAAGGGUUUUUCGUCCUAGCCCUUCCACCCGGAGCUGCAACCUCCUCUACCACAGCGGUGAAUAUGACUACCAGAGAUAUUCUGGCUUUGAAACGCGCCAACUGGCCCUCGGUCUCUAAGACCGGCCGAGGUGUGAAUCAAGUCUCUGGUGUCAGUCAUGUCAAAUUGCGUGUGCCGGUCGAGGAACUUGGAUUAGGAAGAGAACAGGUGGACUCUGUUGUCAUCGUUGAUAUUGUCGUUCUCAGUGAUUCAUAUCCUGGUAUGGAAUGGAAGUUAGAAGCGGUCAAAGUCAAGGUUGCGGUUGGAAAGCAAUCGACGGAUGGUCCAGAGACUAUUGAGUUGUCUGGGAGUGUAGAUGAGUCGUUGGUAAAGAAGGGGAAAUAAGGGUGGGAGUAGAACAGAGUAGAAUUGAAGGGGUAAGGCGAGAGUCAAUUCUAACGUCUAUGAUAUAUCACAUUUGCCAUCGAAGGACAGAAGAACGGCUAUGAACCUAUGAAUUGGACACUAUAGAUGCUUAUGCC